CCGGGCGAGCCCGGCACAGGUGCGGGGCCGCGGGCCGGAAGUGGCCGGGUAGCCGGGACCGGGCUGUGAGCCUGCUGCGGGCCUCGGCGGCUGCGAAGCUGUCGCUGCGGGCGGCGCGUCUCCCCGGAGCUGACUCCCGCGGCACCGAGGCUUUGCGGGUCGGGACCCGGGGGGCCGCACCGCGCUGGGCUCAGGCUGAGUACACCGUCAACAUCCUAGCCACCAACAAGUCUAUUGGUUUUACCUCCCAGAUGUCUUGACUUUGUCUGCUUCUUUGUCACCAUACUGAUCUAAGUCUCUUAUCUCCUGCUUGGACCACGACCCUCAGUCUUCUGGGAGGGGGUGUGAAGAUGCUUAAAGAGUGUCCAGGGAUGGCAGAAGAUCGUCAGCAGCAAAUGGGUGUCCCUGUGGUAAAACUGGAGAAAGAGUUGCCGUGGGGCAGGGCGAGGGAAGGCCCCAGCCCGGAGACUUUUCGCCUGAGGUUUCGGCAGUUCCGCUACCAGGAGGCGGCUGGUCCCCAGGAGGCCCUCAGGGAGCUCCAGGAGCUCUGUCGCCAGUGGCUGCGGCCCGAGCUGCACACCAAGGAACAGAUCCUGGAGCUGCUGGUGCUGGAGCAGUUCCUGACCAUCCUGCCCCGGGAGUUCUACGCCUGGAUUCGGGAGCACUGCCCGGAGAGCGGCAAGGCCCUUGUGGCCGUGGUGGAGGGCUUCCCGGAGGGAGCCCCGGAGGCCAAGGCGGUUCCGUGCCAUGUGCAAGGAGAGCAGGAGGAGACAGCACUUUGCAGAGGUCCUUGGGAACCAAGUGUCCACCUGGGGCCAGUGGAGGUCAAGCCCGAGUGGGGGCUGCCCCAUGGGGAAGGGAUUCAAGGCCUCGACCAAGGCACUGAGGAGCAGCCCAGCCAGGACCCUGGAGAGGGGACGCAGGCCUUCCAGGAGCAGGCUCUGCCAGCUCUUCCGGCUGGCCCUGGCCUCCCCGCAGUGAGCCCCGGAGCCCAGGAGAUGGCAGCGGGGUUCCUUACAUCUGGGUCCCAGGGGCUGGGCCCAUUUAAAGACAUGGCCCUGGCUUUCCCCGAGGAGGAGUGGAGGCACGUGACCCCAGCCCAGAUAGACUGCCUUGGGGAGUACGUGGAACCCCAGGACUGCGGGCUCUCACCUCCAGGCCUGGGGGGCAAGGAGAAGGAGGCGAAGACCCAGCCGGCAGAGCCCAAGGGGCCGCUUGCUCGGGGGCCGGCAGAGAGGUUUGGGGAAGCCUCUCUCCAGGGCCCGGAGCUCGGAAGAACCUGUGAGCAGGAGGCCGGGAGCUCGGUGGGAAACGCGCCCGGGCCGCCCCCUCCCCAGCGCGGCGUUGCCCCCCUGCCUGAUGACCUCAAGACCCACAGCUCCUUCUGGAAGCCUUUCCAGUGCCCCGAGUGCGGAAAAGGCUUCAGUCGGAGCUCAAAUCUGGUCAGACACCAGCGGACCCACGAAGAAGACAAGUCCUACGGCUGCGGGGAGUGCGGGAAAGGCUUCGCGCUGCGUGAGUACCUCCUGAAGCACCAGCGGACCCACCUGGGCAGGCGGCCGUACGCGUGCGGCGAGUGCUGGAAAACCUUCAGCCAGCGGCACCACCUGGAGGUGCACCAGAGGAGCCACACGGGCGAGAAGCCCUUCCAGUGCGGGGACUGCUGGAAGAGCUUCAGCCGCCGGCAGCACCUGCAGGUGCACCGGCGGACGCACACCGGGGAGAAGCCCUACACCUGCGAGUGCGGCAAGCGCUUCAGCAGGAACGCCAACCUGGCCGUGCACCGGCGGGCCCACACCGGGGAGAAGCCCUACGGCUGCCAGGUGUGCGGGAAGCGGUUCAGCAAGGGGGAGCGGCUGGUCAGGCACCAGAGGAUCCACACCGGGGAGAAGCCCUAUUGCUGCCCUGCCUGCGGCCGGAGCUUCAACCAGCGGUCCAUCCUCAACCGGCACCAGAAAACGCAGCACCGCCGGGAGGCCCCGGGGCAGUGAGG